ACUGGCCACCACGUAGCUACGCCCCUGCACUAUAUACACGAAAUCCAAACAACCUAUUAUUUUUCUAUAAAAUGUGUAGUGUUAUAGGCCACAUGCUGCUGCUGCUUCGCUAACGGAUGGGAACGGAAGUGGCCGACAGACGCACGCACGCACGCACGCAUGCAUGCAUGCAUGCAUGCAUGCGAUUGGUUUGAACGCCCUGUAACCCGGAACAGUCAGGUCGUCAGUGCUCAGGAAGAUGGCAGGGGUGUUUGAGGUGGAGGUUGACGGUGUUGAGCACGACCAUGGACAUGGACACGGACACGGACAUCGCGACGACGCCUCUCAGAUUGACCUGUCUCAGCUCUCACCAGAGGAAAAGUGGAGGUUGGAACAUGCAAAAAUGCAUGCCAAACACAAAGGACAUGAGGCCAUGCAUGCAGAGAUGGUGCUCAUCCUCAUCGUCACGCUCGUCAUCGCCCAACUCGUCCUGGUGCAGUGGAAACAGAGACACCCUAAAUCAUACAAUUUGGUGACCCUCUUCCAGAUGUGGGUGGUUCCUCUGUAUUUCACCACUAAGCUGCACUGGUGGCGGUUUCUGCUCAUAUGGUUCAUCUUCUCUGUUGUCACAGCCUUCAUUACUUUUCGUGCUACCCGGAAACCACUGGACUGCACCACGCCGAGGCUUGUAUACAAAUGGUUCCUCCUGUUGUAUAAGAUCAGCUAUACCACAGGCAUUGUGGGCUAUACCGUAGUCAUGUUCACUCUCUUUGGCAUCAAUCUCAUAUUUAGAAUAAAGCCAGAGGAUGCCAUGGACUUUGGUGUGUCUCUUCUCUUUUACGGCCUGUACUACGGUGUAUUAGGUCGGGAUUUUGCAGAGAUGUGUGCAGAUUUUAUGGCAUCCACAGUUGGGUAUUACAGUGCAUCAGGAAUGCCCACGAAACACCUGUCAGACAGCAUUUGUGCCGUGUGCGGCCAGCCAAUCCUGGUGGACGUGAGCGAGGAGGGAAUCAUCGAGAACACCUACAGACUCUCCUGCAAUCAUGUAUUCCAUGAGUUUUGUAUACGAGGCUGGUGCAUUGUGGGUAAGAAACAGACGUGUCCAUACUGCAAAGAGAAGGUUGACCUCAAGCGGAUGUUUAGUAAUCCAUGGGAGAGACCCCACGUCAUGUAUGGACAGCUACUGGACUGGCUGCGCUACCUCGUGGCCUGGCAGCCCGUUAUCAUUGGACUGGUACAAGGCAUCAAUUACAUCCUGGGUUUGGAGUAACUUCAGCACCCAGUGUCGUGGGACUAGCAUAUCUCACUCAAACUGGAUUUUUCAAGGACUGUGUGUCUAAUGUGUUAAGUACUGUAUAUAGGCACACGCAGUGCUAAUGUGUCUUCAAAUGAAAUUCUAUUAUCAGUCUGACGUUGGAUGUUUUCACUGAGUUUCUACUUUAAUGGACUACAUGAAGUUGGACCUUGCUGUUGAAUCACCAUGUCUCCAGAAGGAUUUUUUUGUAAAGAGAACUUUUGAAUCAUUUAUUAUAUUUUUAAAUCAAACGGUUGUCUAUAAAUAUUUCUUUCAUUAACAAACAUUAACAUACACUGGACAAAGGUAUGAGGACACAAUUAAAGGAUUUGGUGAUCCUAGUAAUUUCUGACAAAAAAUCUUAAUACUGCACUGCAUAGUGACAUUCUAGAGACUUCAACUUUGUUGCAACAGUUUGAAAAGAUUGUCAUUGUUUAGCAUAGCAUUAAGAUACUGGAUGUCCUCACAGAAUUGACUGGAAUAGCCAAACCUGUUGUUAGAAGCAAGUAUCCACAUACUUUUUGCCAUAUAGUGUAAUUGUUUCACAAUAUCCUUGCACCGUUGUGUCAGUAUACCUCUCACUUGGCAAAAUUCAGACAUGCUAGUUGUUCGGAGGAUAGGGAAAGGGCCUCUUCAAGUGUGUUUGGGUGCGAACGUGUGUGUGGUAGUGUACAAAUCGUUAUGUCUUGUAGCCAGUAAUGAACAGUGUGAGGGACAGCUUCAGCCUCAGGUGAUGUUAGUGUAUACAUCCAAUUGUUCUUUACCAUGUUUUAACCAUGUUCACCAUUCAGUCUGUGUGGUGAGUCCCCAAUGGCAACAGAAGACUAAGGUACUGUAAAAGACUGGAAAUGUUGAAUGGAUAAAUAACAUGAUGUUGAAGUAUUUUACUCAGUCGAUUCUUUAUUAGAGGUGUUUGCCAAGGCAAGCAUCACUACUUCUGUUGCUCAUACAUAGGAUAAGGGGUUUGCUUAAAGCCUAAUCACUUAAGUAUUACAGUUUAAUGUGUAACUUGUCCCACACAGUUUGUGCUACGGACAUGAAUGAUACCUCAAAUCAUGCAGAUUGUUGAGGAAAGGUGUGCCAUUACUUUUCUUAACAAUCAGACUUAUAAUUUUCAACUGGUAGACAAUAAAACUAGCAAAAAAUGCAUAAAAUGUCCUGACAACCACCCACAACACCCUAGCAACAACAUACUGAAGAACUGUAAACAUCUAGCAAGUCAACAGUCAUGAAAAUACACCAAUCCAGAUUGGAGGAUUUACUUUUAAAAGGAUGUUUGCAUUGAGUUCCAGAGGUGAUUUGAGGGACAUGUUAUGAGAAUUGUGACUAUUUACAUUGUGACCUGCUGAAUAAUUUGUGAAAUUUUCUGUCAGGCUUCAGUUUGACUCAUAUGUGAGUCCGUGCUACGUCAGGCAUUUUCUUACUGUUAUUACAGAGAAAAACAAAUGAGUUUUUAGUAGUAUUGGGUAAGCACAGGGAACUCCCAUACACCCUUAUGCUCAAUUUUAAUGGUUGUUCUGGUUACUUCCUCAAACCUAUAUAAAGAAACCCAAAAUAGGGAAUUACAACACAUUCUUACGGAGGCUUUGAAAUUAGGCAGAAUCCUGCCAGCAACUACAAUCAUGAAAUGGACAAAACUCCACACAGGUAAAUUACUGCUAAUAAUUUGAAAGCUUGUCUGCUUUUCUGUGUGUUCACCAAGACACAUUUCAGUGUUAAAUAUUGGCAAUUGAAUGGUUUCCGAUGAGAAAUAAUGCUGUAUUUAUUGUAAUUGCGUAUAUAGUGAUAUGUGGAGUCUAUAAGUGUGAUGUGUUCUUUGUUUAGGGUCUCUCUACUCACUACUUACAGUGACAUUCUUUUGUGGUCUACCAGACAUUGCUGAUGCAGGUGUGUUUAUUAUUCAAUUUUACCAUACACUCAAGUGUCAUAUUGAGCUGGAACACAUCACAGUUUAGAGAUUCCACAUAUAAUGCUCAGAGAAAGCUUGUUAACAUGGCAAAAUUGUACUCUUUUCAAGGUCCUAAAAUUGUUAAAGUGAAUAAUGCUACAUCAGGGACAAAAUUAACAAUUUCCUGUAAAGUGGAUCCUGGAAUAUUUCAAGAUGAAACUAUUGUGUACUGGUUGGUCAACAAUUCCUUUAUCGAGACAGCAUUUCCUGGCGGACGAGUGCGGAUGCACACGAAUGACAGCAUGGAAUAUAUUCAGAGUGAUCUGGUGUUUACAUGUGUUCAUCUUCGAGACUUUAGGAGCAAUUUCACCUGUGUAGCUCUGAGUCCUACAGGAGUGGAUACUAAAUCUAUAACACUGCAUGAAAUAAUUACGAAUAUAACAUGCAAAAAGACCGUGCAGGAACAGGAUGCGCAGAAGAACAACCAGAGCUGAGGAUGAGAAAAAAUUCAGUGGAAGAAGCUUGUACAUUUUCCAGGAUACAGGAUGGAUUUAGCAUUUUGAAACAUUAAGCAAUAUUUAUUGCCAAAGUUAAUGUUAAAAAAUAUAUUUUUUUGUUGGAAACGUCUGCAUGUUUUUGAAGAUGUAUGUGUUUAGUUAAAGAAAAUGUGUAUAGUGAUGCUUGCAUUAUCAUGUUCCAUGUUAGGGAUGUCGACUUAAAAUCUCUGAUUGAUUGACAACCUUAUUUUUCUGUUUUGUACAGUUUCUUUCUGUAACAUGUUAUGAAAGUGUGGUGGUGUCUUAAAGUUACUGUACUCCGUUUUGAAGAGUACAAUAAAAAGGAAAAAACUAUAA